UAAAGAGAUAAGUUUUUAAUCUACAUUUAAACUGGGAAAAUGUGUCUGAGCCCUGAACACUUUCAGGAAGACUAUUCCAAAGUUUUAGACACACAGCGGUAACCAAUUUUGUAAAUAAACCUCUUAACUGUAAAGUAAUAAAAUAACACUGACUCUUUGUGCCAUACAACGUAGUUUAUUUGUGACUGCAAAAAAACUUCAGGUUGUCUGAACAAGAGAAGUUUUAUGAAGAAUAUAUUAGUUACUCAUAUUUGACACGUUAAUUCUAGUUCUUACAGAUUCAUUAAAAACAAAGUGAAACUAUAAUUAUUAAGCAUAUGUGACUGGUUUAAGUAAUAUAACUGAUUAUAAUAAGGCAUUAAAGACUAAAGAGAUUUUAAAGUAGACAUUUAAUUGCAAACAAUCAGACAAAGGAUGCAAAAUAUAUCUUAUUUUGAUGAAAAUUACACGAUGAUUUAUUUUUGAUUUAAUAACACUAGCGGCAAUACAGAACAGGAAAUGGUAUGAUUUCACACAUGAGUUGUAAAGCGUGAACCACGGGCACCAGUGUUGCACGUUGGAGACGCGUGGUAAAAACCGAUCUACGAUUAAAAUGCAGGUCAACGUGACUUGUGAAGACAUUUCCUUAGGCACUGAAUACAAAUACACUGCACCAGCACUAGGUUCCCUACAGCAGAUGGACACUGAAGUCACAUGGCAAGCACCGGAUUACAAAGUGCUGGGACAUUCAAACUUUCUAAUUCUUCCGUUCUGUGAGACUGGGAUUCGACUCACUGUACGCCUUUUUAAUCCAACCAAACUGUUGGAAUACAUUUUUAAUGUAAUCAACAGCACCAGACCAACCUCUGAUUCUUCUGAAACCCCUGAGGGACACAGUGGUUUCAUCAUCAUCACCACCACCAUCACCACCAUCAUAGUUGUGCUUCUGAGCUUGCUUUUGAUUGGAGGCCUGUUUAGAUUGACACGAAGGGAGAGAUGUAGAGACUGGUGGAGAUCAGCAUGUAGGUGUGUGUUUACUAGAGUGGAAAGUCACAAUAUCCCACUGGAGGAGGUUGAAGCAGGCAACCGUGAAAUUCAACCACUGAAUAUUAAAAACCCAAACCAUGACCAUGCUGUGAGUGCUGAUCAGAAUGGUGAUCCUGGGAGGAUGUUGAUACAAGAUCAGACAUCAGAGAGUGAUAAAGGACCUCAAUUACCAAGCAACCAAAACAACGGGGAUUGUGCUACGUUGAACAUGAACGGCUAUGGAAAUGACGGGAUGAAGAAAUGUAGAAGCUCAAACUGCUGAAAACGAACGACGUUGUUUCAGUGUAAGAGUUUUACUGGUGUUUAUAUAAAUACCUUUAACCUGUAUGUAUGGGGAAGUCGUGGCCUAAUGGUUAGAGAGUUUGACUCCUAACCCUAAGGUUGUGGGUUCGAGUCUUGGGCCGGCAAUACCAUGACUGAGGUGCAAACCCCCCCAACUGCUCUCCGGGCACCGCAGCAUAAAUGGCUGCCCACUGCUCUGGUUGUGUGUUCACGGUGUGUGUGUGUGUGUUCACUGCUGUGUGUGUGCACUUUGGAUGGGUUAAAUGCAGAGAACGAAUUCUGAGUAUGGGUCACCGUGUGUGGGUGUGUAGAGUUUAGAUGUUUUAUCUUUAUUUAUUGAGGAUUACAGUUCAGCUUCAGUGCCUCUGUCCUUCCUGCACUUCAGUCACUGUAUUUUUCUGCACUUUUCCAUUAACUUUUUUUAAAUUUUGAUCUUUUCUCAGAUAUCAAAUAGGUAAAUCAAUAGAUUUCAAUCCAAUGUGCAAUGUUUUUAUGCAAAUGUGUUAAUACUCUUACAAUGCACAACUUUUCAGACUUUGUAGUAAUUUUGUGAAGCUCAUAAUUCUGUUAGAAAACAUCACUGAUAUUAAAAAAGGGUGAAAACUGCAUUUUAUACAAAUGUUGGUCAAGUAACUACAGUAUUUUUAAACUGUCCCUUAAUCUUGUACUGUUAAUUAAAAUUUACAGAACCAAAUAUCUGUAUUCUGUAACUUAAAUUAUAAUUCCUGUUAAUAAGAGAUUAUUAUAGAGAUUAUAUUGAUAUUUCAAGAAUAUUUAUUUAUUUUGUUAAUAUUCCUUCACAAUAUUUUAUGCUGGCAUUAAGAAAUAUGUGGAAUUUAUUUAUUUAUUCAUUUACAAAUGAAGGAGCAUUUUAAAUCUCUGAAUGUAUCAUUAAUGUGCUGCUGAUGUUUUAAUCAAACCCAGUAAAUAAAAUAGAAUUUAUAAUCUGGAAAUCUGAAUUUCUUUUUAGAUUUAAUUUCACUGAGUAGUGGUGAUGUUUUUAGCACAAUUAUGAUCAGUCAUUUUAAGCUUUCAUCAAACAGCAAGUGAACAUCUUUUGCUUCUUCUGACCAAACUUUAAUCUGUAACUUUACUCUUGAAUUUUUAUCAUCUUUUUAAAUAAAAAAACAAACCCA